AUGCAAAUGCCUGCAUCAGCAGCAAAGGCACUCAAGUCUGCGACCGUGGCGCUUUGCUGGGCUUGCGUGGUUCCCGAUUUUCUUGACCAGUGCGGAAGCCAGCUGGCAACCGCAGGUGACUUCACAGGAAUCGAUUCUUCACAAAGCGACGAGCUUGCCGAUUUGUCCGGUGCAACGGAAAAGAUCGAAUAUGAGGGAUCGUUUUCGCUUCCCGCAGAGGGGGCAGACCCGUUUUCUCGCGUUUCUAUCCUCCGAGCAAAUGCAAUAUCAUUAAAGGAUUCCCACAUCAGCAGCGAGAUGUUACAGAGCUUAGGAGAGCUGGUUCAGGCGUUGAUUCAAGAAGAGGCGCAAAAUAUACAGCACCAAAGCGACCUAUGGCUUAUUUCAGAAACGAAAAAAGCCGUGGAUUUGCUGCACAACAAUCCUUCAUUGUUCCCAGCAACUGGCUAUUCUUUGCACGAGGGCCCCAACGGAGUGCUUUUUGUGAAGGUAAGCGAAAUGGGGAUGGAGUGGCACUUCAGUUCUGAUCAACUUUUGCAGACGGAUGUUCCCUACUGGAUGGUGGAUGCAGAAGCUGCACUGAGGGUCAUUGUGCAGGACGUCAUGAGUGAUGUGAUGCAAAUGACCCUUCCCGUGGUCUCCGAACCUCCGUCGGAAGAAAAAGAAACAGAUUUUCCAAUUGAAUUUGGCUACGACUCGACGGAUCGCCGGAGCAUCAAGUUCGCGUUCGGCGAUUCAACAGUGACUGUCACUUGCGGCAAGACUCUGCAGCUGGGCGGCGCCGUCGGCGUUUCCCACGGCGACUACACGGUGAAGGUUGAAAGCGGAAACAACAGCACUGAAGGCACAAUCAACGCAGGGCCCGUCGCCGUGCACACCAGCGUGGCUCCGGACAACGUGCAGCACGAUGUCAGUGUGGGAACGAUGCAGGUGAUGCAGGCAAGAAUUAAUCCGUCAGCAGGUCCCGGGUCGAUCGUUGCGUCUUACCAAGAUGCGCGAAUCAAAUUCGACACAAACCCUGAAGGGAAACGCCACGGUGCGGAAGUUGGCAACAAAGACUUCCUUAUCGGGGUUACUCGUGACUUUGACGACAGGAUCAACAUAUUCAAGCGUACGUUUAACUGUAGUUACUGCCUUCUCUUUCCUCUGCCUCUGCAGUUACGAAAUGCAUAUAUGCUUUAG